UUACUUAGUUCACUUAAGAUACGCUUAUGAGAAACCUCCUGUACUCAAGAGAGGAGUUGUGGGCGGGGCUUUCACACCUGUAUUCGUAUAUCCGGAAAGUUCGCGGUUUACUCAGCGGUUGAGCGUGUCCCGGUGUUCGAUUAUAUAGGUUAUGACAGUGGUCCUCUGAAAGCACCGGGCCAAUGUGACAUUGCGCCAGAAACUGCAACAUUUCAGUUACAAAGUAAAAGGAAAACAGGUCCAUCAUGUCACACCAACAAUCCCAAACAUCCACAGGGGACAAGUCUCCUAUUAUGUUGGACAACAUGCUCUCCGAGCUUCAUCUGGAUUCCCAGGCUAAUUCUUCAUCCUCAAACACGGACAUCACUCUACCUGUGCAGCCUUCACGGACUGAUAUAAUCCUGAGCACCAAGAGUGAAGCAGCUCGGAGGCUUGGAACACAGCAGCUCAUCCCCAAAAACCUGGCUGUCACUAGUCGACCAAAGAACCGCCACCAUACCACGGUGGUCACGCUGCCUGUGGUCAAAGAGGCCCAAAAAAACAUACAGCGUUUCUCUCAUAAUCCUGAAAUCUCCUGGGAGGACUAUGACAGUGACGAUGGUGGCUUGCAAAGGAACCGCAGAAACAAGUCGUACAGAGCUGCGGUCACUAGUCUUGAUCAAGAUUUGACUUGGAAACAGGACCUGCUGCAGCCUGUUAUAGAGGAGAAGGAGAAAACACCUAGCUCGAAAACAGUGCCCAGUCCUGGACGCAAAAGAACCCUUGGCAGAAAGAGGAACCAGAAGAAUAGUGGAUCAUUUAAAGAUGAUCCACGGUUAUACCAGGAGAUUAAGGAAAGGGGUCUCCAGUCCAACAACCUGGGGCCUGAUGAUGAUGAUUUCAGCCAGAUGCCAGAGGAGGACCAGGGCAUUGUUGUGAAAACCUACAAGGCAGCAUACAUGACCUGGAGUCAACUUCCUCAGGUAAAAGAGAUGGGUAUUCUGGAGACCAUUACACCUGAGGAGCGUAAACGUCAAGAGGUCAUUUUCGAGAUUAUGACGUCUGAAUACUCCUACCUGCACAGCUUGGCUAUCCUGGUGCGCCAUUUCAAAUGCAAUGAGGCUUUGAGGAAGACCAUGACCACAACUGAACACCAUCACCUCUUCUCUAACAUCUCCACAGUCUACGAUGUCAGCAAGCGAUUUUUCGAAGCUCUUGAAAGGCGCCAUCAAGUUCAUCCUGUCGUUAAGGACAUCAGCGACAUAGUCCAGGACCACGCAACAAAUCGCUUUGAGCCAUACAUUGUGUAUUGCUCCAACGAGACGUUCCAGCAGAGGACGCUGCAGAAACUACUUACAUUUAAUACUGCCUUUAAGGAGGUGCUGAAACAAAUUGAAAGCAGUCCAGAAUGUGGAGCAUUGCCUAUGAUCUCCUUCCUCAUUCUGCCCAUGCAGAGAGUCACCCGUCUGCCCCUGCUGGUGGAUACCAUUUGUCAGAAGACAAUAAAGCAGACGACUGAAUACUACGCAGCUCGCUGGGCACUGAAGUCCAUCAGUAAGCUGGUAAAGAGCUGCAAUGAUGGCGCCCGUAGAAUGGAGCGCACCGAACAGAUGUACACCAUCCAGAAACAGAUGGAUUUUGGAAAGAUAAAGCCAUUCCCUUUAAUCUCCUCCUCUCGCUGGCUGCUGAAGAGAGGCGAGCUGGCCGUGUACACAGAGGAGCACGGGAUCUUCUGGAAAGCCUUCGGCCAUAAGAGCUAUUACCUUUUCCUGUUCAAUGAUGUACUCAUUGUUACCAGGAAAAAAAGUGACGAAAGCUACGUGGUGUUUGACUAUGCCACUCUGGAGAACGUGGAAGUUGAGGAGCAGGCUGACAAGCUCUGUUUGCGUCUGACGAUGAAACACAACAGCGAGGGGCGCUGUGAGCAGAUGGCUCUGGUGGCUGAAAGCAAGCUGGAAAGAGCUCGCUGGGUCACUGCUCUGCGCUGGUUUAAACAGGGAGAGUCUUCUCCUAACAAAGAUGCACUUCAAUAUGAAUCCACCAAAGCGUACAUGCCCAAAGAGCCAGAUGAGCUGAGCCUCCAGCAAGCUGAAGUGGUCGUCGUCCUACAGGAAGUGGAUGGUUGGUGCUAUGGGGACCGGAUGAGAGAUGGAGAAAAGGGAUGGUUUCCAGCCAGUUGUGCUACACAGAUUACCGACCCCAUUGCUAUCGAGUGCAACAUACUGCGCAUGCAGCGACUGCGGAAAGAGACCAACGUCUGAUCAAGGACUAUAAAAUCACAUGCCUCUCAGUCUAAAGCAUAAUAUCUGCUGUCCCUUACUAUACAAGAGGCAGCAGUUGCUCUGAAGAGUAGAAAUGUGAGCCUUUAAUGGUGUGAAUGAACUCUAUGCACUUGCCAGAGGGUGGAAUCAGACACAACAAACCAGUGAGAAACUUCAUGUUUGACUUUUAUUUUGAGCUUGCUUUUGUUAAAAUUCGUGUUUGGAUACAUAAAAAGUUAUUUAAAAAUGUCAAA